CCAUCAUGCCAUUUCAUAAUUUUAAUGGCGGAUGGUUUUCCACAACAUUUAUGCCAUCGCUGUUCACUAACUGAUUUUAGCAGUUUUGUGACAACAAGUGAAGAUAUUUUGGUGUUGAGGUAAAUUCUGAAUUAUGCCGAAAUAUUACGAAGGUAAAGAGGUGGACGAAAGAGCAUGCGCUGGCAUCAGAGAGGACUUUAAGGAUUGUCUCCUUGAACAUGACUGCGUUGUGAAGGAGGGAAAGAAGCCCAGCGAGUGCCUGAAGGAAGGCCACUGCAAAGCCCUGCAAACAACAUUCUUUGAAUGCAAGAGAUCAAUGAUGGAUGCGAGGUCAAGGUUCAGAGGGAGGAAAGGAUACUGAGGAACCAGCUAACUGCUGAUGCAGCUCCUGUGUUUAAUGGAAACCAGUUUAGCGUCUGUAAAAACUAGUGGGGGUUAAAAUCAAAACAGMUGCUGAUGUCCUAGUGCAGCUGUGCAGCACUGUCGAUCUGAGGGACCUGUGGAAAAAAACGGCAGCGAAAGACCAAAAUGCAAAAAAAAAGAUGCAAGUCUGAUGCACAAUAGGAUCGCAAAUGCAGAUCAAACUUCUCAUUGGUUGGAGCUUGAGACAUAUUUGUUUUUGUUAUUCCAGAUAAAUGAGUGUGGUGCAUGAAGAAACAAACACCUGAAUAAAAAAAUUAAGUCUAA